UCCCAAUCAGCACUCCAUGGCCCCCAACCUUGAACUUGGAAGACGACUAACAUUCCUUCUUUGGUUUGCUUGCACCAUUCGAGUAUUUCCCCUCCCCCUCCCACUCCAGCCCCCAAGGGCCAAAUCUUCCCCCAUCUUGUAGAUACCGAGUAGCAACUUAGAAACCUUACCAGCAUGGUCUGCCUUGCUGAUCUUUUCAAGCUGUGCAUCGACAUUAUAUAACCUUGAUCAACAAGAAACCCUCGUCUCAGUCCCCUUGUAUCUCUUACCCCCCUCCCCCAAGACACACUUGCAUCAUGGCUACUCAGUGGAUUGGUGUAUUACAGCCUCCAGAUGGAGAAGAGUCCAACCUUAUCGAUCCUGUAAGCCAGCUGGGCAACAACAUCGCGCUCCACACGGUAUGCCUGACGCUGGCCACCGCUGGCGUUGCGAUCCGAAUCUAUACCCGAGUUGGGAUUCUCAAGUCGAAGCUUGGGCUGGAUGACUACUUUGUGAUCUUGUCUUGGUGUUUAACAGUGGCUUUCUCUGGCCUGAUGUUUGAAUCCUAUCACUGGGGCAUUGGGCGACACAUGUGGGAUGAGCCUAUGACAUGGCUGGUGCCAGCUCUCAAGUACUUCACGAUCGCUCAAUAUGUCUACCUUCUCCUGACCCCAGCGGUGAAGUUGAGCUUCCUUCUCUUCUACUAUCGGAUCUUCGCUCCCGAUCGAACAAUGCGAUACCUUAUCCUCGGCGGUAUCGCCUUCGUGUCCAUCAGCCACGUGACGGUCUUUUUCCUUACUAUUUUCUCCUGCACUCCCGUUUCGCACGCCUGGAACGAGUUCGGUGAGGGGAAGUGUUGGAACCCGACAAUUCUGCCGUAUCUUUCAGGCGCCCUCAGCUCGACGACCGAUCUCUAUGUCCUCUUGUUGCCGAUACGAUCGUGUCUGGGAUUGAACAUGACUUUGCGACGGCGACUACGACUGCUGGCAGUCUUCAGUAUUGGUAUCUUUGCAUGCGUGACGAGUUUAAUUCGACUUGGUCAAACCCAUAUUCUGACUGACAGUACGGACGCGACCUGGAAUAUUUCCCAUAUCGCUGUGUGGGCCGUCCUCGAGUGCAAUGUGGGCAUCUUCUGCUCCUGCAUGCUUCUCCUCCCGCGAUUCGUCGAGCGGUACUUCCCCAAGGGUGUGACCUCGUAUUUCUCACGUCUCUGGAGCAGCAACGGGGGAAGCAAAAAGGAACGCAGUGUCAGCAAUGGACCUUGGAAGGAUGGGUCCUGGCAGUCCCCGAAGCCGUGGGAGAAGUCUGCCAGCAAGCCCGCCGCCAUUGAGCUGGGUUCAACGGAAAGCUUGAACAGGCAGUCCCUGACAGUCUAGACAGAUCAGGGGGCUUCAUAGCUUCGUAGUGGGUGUCUGUCUUUCCCGUCCCGUGUCCUGUAUAUAGUGUAUGUACAUAAAUUUUGACGAUUGUUUUUGCACAAUUUACUUCGUAUCAG